AUGGUAGGGACAUACUUGUCAUUAUUGUGCUGCUGGCGCUUUCAGAAAUUAGCGCUUUUGUGUUGUUUACUGUUGCUUAUCAUAUUCACAUAUUUUAAUCGCCAUUUUCCGCCUGAUGUAUGGAAUUUGUUUCGAUAUCAUUCGUCGGUUCCUAUUGAUCCGGCAUGGAAAGCAUUUUCAGUAAAUGAGAUAAAUCAGAGAUUGCUUGAGGAUUAUUCGGCCUUAAAGAAGCUUAAAAUGCAAAUGCACUCUGUGCAACAGGAAGUUGCUCGAUUGAAAAAGAAUUCGCAUCCGAUUAAAAUACUGCAAAAAUCGAACGACAAAAAGUAUGUGGGCGUAAAAUAUCAAAACGAAGCAAACCGGAAACGGAUUCUUGUCACCGGUGGUGCGGGCUUCGUUGGCUCGCAUUUGGUGGAUCGUCUGAUGCUUGAUGGACAUGAGGUCGUCGCACUCGAUAAUUAUUUCACUGGUCGAAAACGAAAUGUGGAACAUUGGAUUGGACAUCCCAACUUCGAGCUUGUCCAUCAUGAUGUGGUUAAUUCAUAUCUCAUUGAAGUAGACGAAAUCUAUCACCUUGCCUCCCCUGCAUCGCCAACUCAUUACAUGUAUAAUCCUGUAAAAACUAUCAAAACAAACACCAUUGGUACCAUAAAUAUGCUAGGCUUAGCCAGGAGAUUGAAAGCACGUAUAUUAUUAGCCUCAACAUCUGAAAUUUAUGGUAAUCCAGAAGUGCAUCCACAACCGGAAAAUUACUGGGGUCAUGUGAAUACAGUAGGACCACGAUCGUGCUACGAUGAAGGAAAAAGGGUCGCGGAGACAUUAAUGGUUGCCUAUCAUGUCCAAGAGAAAGUGGACAUCAGAAUUGCUCGAAUAUUCAAUACGUUUGGACCUCGAAUGCAUAUAAACGAUGGUCGUGUUGUAAGUAAUUUCAUCCUGCAAGCUUUACGUGGUCAUCCGAUCACCAUUUACGGUAAUGGGAAACAGACACGUUCGUUCCAAUAUGUGGAUGAUUUGGUAACAGGACUAAUCAGAUUAAUGGGAAGUAACUGCACAGAUCCAGUUAAUAUAGGAAAUCCUGAAGAGAAAACAAUUAAUGAAUUAGCAGAAUUGAUCCGCGAUUUAAUAGGUAGUAAUUCGAGCAUUGUUUAUGAACCUGAACAACAGGAUGAUCCACAGCAACGCAAACCUGAUAUCUCACGAGCUAAUCAGAAAUUGAAUUGGAAGCCUUUAGUUUCAAUGCAUGAUGGCUUACUUAAAACAAUCAAUUACUUUCGAGAGGAAUUGGAGUAUGAUCGAAUGAUGCUCAAAGAAGAUGAACUGGAUGAUAGAUCGAAAACUUUUUUUGCAGCUUGA